AUGCCCUUGUUGAAGCAGUCCUUUGAGCCAAAAGAAGAGGGUUCUUGGGGCUCUUUCGGUGGCUUCAGCUUGUGGGCCUCGGGCGCCCUCCGGCUUUUGCCCAAGUUUCCUUUCUCACUCCGGUGUUUUCUGGGAUGUAGACUAGCCCCAUGUUCACCAGAAGACUGGGGUGAUGGCCUGGAAGAUGCCGAGCUCUUCCAAGCCCGACAGGUUUCGGUGGCAAGGUCCCCCGAACCUUCGCUUCGACUGCAGGGCCUCACAGAGCCCGCCGAAGUCGUCGCGUGCUGGCUGAGUCUGGGUUCCAGUUCUGCCCCGCCCAAGCACCCGGUUCUGAUGGACCCAAAGCACUGCCUGGCCGAUGGAGACUUCGAGCUCUUGGCACCCUUCGCGCUGAGCUUCCCGAAUCAGGCCGAGGUCCCCGUUCCUUCGGGCCUGCCGGGGCCAGGCUCACAGUGCAGUUGCGGGGAGAGACGUGGAUGUGCGUAA